AUGAGAAGAGUCACUCUCUUUGUCAGCGGGUCCAAUACCAAUGGAAAAGUCGCUGUAUGCGGUUCUAUGGAGGACCUACUUUCUGCUGCCAGCUCUAAACUCGGCAUCAGGGCUUCUUGUGUGUACAAUGCUGACGGUGGUCUUAUAGAUGACAUAACAAUUAUAAGGGAUGAUGAUGUCCUCUAUGUAUCAGAGGGAGAGUUCAAAGAGGAGGAAAAAGUAACCAAAGGUGGUGAGAUGCACACUGACUGGUUAACGCUCAAUGUUGGUGGCCGUCACUUCACCACUACAAGGAGUACUUUGGUUAAUAAACAACCAGACAGCAUGCUUGCCCAUAUGUUCAGAGAAAAAGAUGUGUGGGGAAACAAGCAGGACUCUAAAGGGGCCUUUCUGAUUGACAGAAGUCCUGAUUACUUUGAGCCUAUUCUCAACUACUUGAGACAUGGGCAGCUUAUCAUCAACAAAGGGAUAAAUCCUCUGGGCGUGCUAGAGGAGGCUCGAUUCUUUGGCAUUGAGCAGCUGGCUGAACAGCUUGAGACUUUCAUAAAGUCCUCUCAAUCUCCGGAUGACCACUCACCUCUGAGCCGAAAAGAAUUUAUUAGAUACUUGUUGGCCACAACAACUAAGGCAGAGCUACGUUGUCAGGGUUUGAAUUUCAAUGGUACAGAUUUGUCUCGUCUGGAUUUGCGCUACAUCAACUUUAAGAUGGCUAAUUUAAGAGGAGCUAAUUUAACGAACGCUAACCUCAGUGGAGCAAAUCUGGAGAGAGCCGACCUCUCAAUGGCCUGCUUGGACGGCGCCAAUUUACAAGGAGUAAAAAUGCUCUGCACUAAUGCUGAAGGAGCGUCUCUCAAAAGUUGUAACUUUGAGGAUCCUGCUGGCAGCAAAGCCAAUCUAGAGGGAGCCAAUCUGAAGGGCGUGGACAUGGAGGGAAGUCAGAUGACGGGUAUUAACCUGCGAGUCGCUACACUGAAAAAUGCUAAGUUAAAGAACUGUAAUCUGAGAGGAGCCACACUGGCUGGAACAGACCUGGAGAACUGUGACCUGUCUGGAUGUGACCUUCAGGAGGCCAACCUGAGGGGUUCCAAUGUGAAAGGGGCCAUCUUUGAGGAGAUGCUCACUCCUCUGCACAUGUCCCAAAGUGUUCGCUGA